AUGCCAGAAACGAAUCCAGAUUUCAAUCCAUCUGAUUUGCUCCAUUCUACAUUUUAUUCAUCCAAUACUAUAAACACAUUAGACCAUGCGAGAACGCUUCGAAACUCGUUAAUUUUCAAAGAAAUGUCAGAUCAAAGUAUAUCCGACUCUUUAAAUGCACCAGAUCCACCAAAGAUGAGAACAGAGGAUCGUUCGUAUUUCCCAAUGACAACGAAGAAAGUUGGUGAAACUGAUACUGUAAAUAUGACCACUUCACCAUCCCUAACGGCAUUGGCUAACAUCCUAAAUGAAAAAUCGAAGAAUGCAGAUCAAAAAAUGAGACGUAAUCAAAAUAUCCAACCAUCUAUAAUUGAAGAAGAAGAAGAAGAAGAGCAAGAGGCAAGAGAAACCAAUUUGAAUCCCUCUGUACAUGGUUCGAUUUUCAUGACGCAACAGAAUGCAUCACCCAAUUUAAUAGAUAUAGACGACUCUAACAAUAUGUCAUUUGCAGUACCUACUAACAGUUCACUCCAAAUCGAACAACCUGACUAUCUAACUACACCCAAAGAAAAACGGAAACCUUCAAAUACAUUUUCAACAAAUCAAAUACAGGAAACGAUACAAGAGGCAUCUGAAAGUAUAAUUACUGAUAAAAGUGAACAUGAAUAUGCUUCAAUCGAUAUUCUACAUAACAAACAAGUUCCUGUGGAAAAUACUUCCAUGGAAGAUGAAUUUCAUCAUGAAACAAAGUCCAUUUCAGUUACUGAUCAAACUUUAUCAUCUACUUCAAAUUUCCCUUUCCUGCAAAGUCAAAGAAUAAAAUCAAAUGUGUCCAAUGACUCUAAGAAUUUAGUUACUAAAAAUCCAACCCCAGAGAGACAAGUAAAAGCAACCCCAAUACAUACAAAACGUACCGUUGAAACGACAAAGAAAAGGAAAAGUAUAUUCUCUUUCUUGAAGAAAAAGAAUUCAAAAGAAAUAUCAACCAAUACAGAAUUAUCAUCAAACUCAUCAUCAAGAAUCGCAUCUUCAAGUUCAAUCCCUGAGAAAUUAACAAAACGAUCACAAAGUAGUAACGGUAUCUUUAAUUCAUUCAGGAAAACGAAACAAGAGCCGACAACUCAACUUACCGAGCUCCAGCAUGAUCCUACACCAAUUCUACCGAAGACUAGACGACAUACUAUGGGUACAUCAAAUACCAAAUCUGCUCUAGGUGCAGAUUCCGCCAACGUUGAUAGUAUUCAGAACUCUUCUUUGGCAUCUAAGAAAGACGAGAACAUAAAAAUGAGAAAUCCUACACCAUUAUCUUUAGAUCUUGCAUUAUCGAAUAAACAAUUCGAAAUUGAUGAUUAUAAAAGUGCAGAAGUCAAAGAUUCACACGAUGAACAAUCCUUAAUAUCGAAAAAUAAUGAUGAUAUAGGAGAGACUCAACAAAAUAUUAUUAUCUCCUCUCCAUCGAAAUAUGAUUCAGGUGAGGUUCUCUUCCCGAAAUCAUUGGAUGAACACGAAGUUGAUUCUAUCGUUACUAUAGAGAGGAAAAGAUCUACCAAAAGAAGCUCAAUAACAUCAAAUGGAAGAUCACUUGCUGAUACAUUAUCCAUAAAGGCUCAAAAUGAAGGUAUGUUUAUCACUGAAGCUGCAUCAGUGGUAUUAUCCACACCUGAUUUAACCAAAUCUCCGGCAAGUAGUAUCUUAAGAAAUGGUAGAUUCAGUGAUCUUUUCGACUCAUCGGAUAAUAUAAAUACUACUACUACUACGACUGAUGAUAAUAAUAAUGAAAAUACUUUGACCGAAAUGGAAACUGAACAUCGCCAUGAGUUUAAUAGUUCGAUGCAGAAUGAAUUUUCAUUAGGUUCCAUUGAAGAACGUUUGAAUGAACUAACUUUAGAUAAACCUGACGAUAAAGGCAUGCGACACACUUUAAAAGAACCAAUCGAUGUUGUAGAUAAUGUACAACCAGGAAAUGAAGAUGAUGAUAAUUUAAGCAACAAUACAUCGAUUGCUAAUGAAGAUCAGGAAUUAAUGUCAGAUAUAAUGGAAUUUGCUAACAUUAUUAACUUUGGUGAUGAAAUUGAUUUAAAUCUUGAUUUAACUCCAUCAAUACCACAGUACCGAACAUUCAAUCCAGCCGUGGUAAACAACAAUAAUAAUAACAGUAAUGUACGGAAUAUUGAAUCUUUUACUGAUGAUGAUUUCUCAAUUCCUGAAAACAAUAAAGAAAAAGAAAUUUUGACCGAUUCUGGAUUAGGUAUACAUUUUGAUACUUUUGAAAAGGAAAAAAGAGAAGAGGAAGGACGAAUAGAAGUGGGGGCCGGGAACGAAGUUAACAUUCCGCAUGAUAUACAUGUAUCAAAUGAAAUACCAAAUCCACCAGAAGUAAGGUUCGAGCAAGCACACGAGGAUGAAUUUGAAUAUGAAGAUUUUAAUCGAUAUAAUGGUGGCAUAAUUGCCCCACCAACGUUGAAUGCUUAUUCCCCUGAAUUACCAAUGACUAGACCAAUUUCCAUGUCUUUUAGAGGUCUUCAUAACUCAUCGAAUUUGAAUUCGAGUCCAUUGGACCCGGUUGUCACUACCAAUGUUAAUAUUACGAAUGAUGAAACACAGAAUACAGAUAUCAUAGAAUCUAAAAUUACGACUAGAGAUGCAUACAUCCGAUUUGAACCUAAGAUAAUAUUAUAUGAAACAUAUGGAGUUGAUGAAUAUGAUAGAAACCCAGAAUUAUCUACAUGUAAUCAAUUAACGCCGCAAUUGGCCCAAAUGAUUAAAGCGGAAUUGAAUGAAUUGAAAAGUACCAUGGAAAUCCAUGAAAGCUCGAGAUGUUAUACACAUUUCUACUAG